UGACGUAUUUUGAUUUUUCGGCUUUCGUUUAACACACAUAUUUUAUUCAUAGUCGAGUAAGAUAGUUAACUGCAUUAAUAUUAUUAAUUUAAUAUAGUUGUGCGUGUAAUCGUGUUCGUCAAAUAAUAUUAUGGACGCAUCUAACCACGGAUCCGUUAAGGAUAUGGGAGACAUAGGUGAAGUGCUACGCGACGUGUCUGAUUUGUCACCUGAAGAUUUGAGAAAACAGAACAGAAAUCUACAGAAAUUUUUAGUUAAAGUGAUUGACUUGUUAAAAGAAAAAGCCGACCGAUGCGUCACACAAGAAAAACACAUUGAAGCGCUCACGUUACAAACGAGUUCAUUGAAAGAAGUCGUGGACAUCACGAAGCACAUGUUGGCUAUUCGUAACACAGAAGUGAAUCGUAUGACGGAAGAUUUGGAAAGCCUUCAAGGAAAAAUCAACGCGGAGAGAAGUCGUCACAGUGCAAUAAUUGAAAAAAUGAAUUUAGCUGCGAAAUUAAACGACGAACUGAGAUCUGAAUAUAAACAACAAUCAGAACGUUUUGAAAAUAUGCGUGUUAAGUAUGACGAAAAGUUUUCAAUACUUUCGGAAGAAAAUAAAAGAUUACAAGAUGCAUUACCCACCGAAACGACUGAUUGAAGAACUUUUCUAAAUUCUAACUAUCUAAUUUUAAUAUUUUUC